UUUUGAAUUUGCGAUAAGCGUUUCAUGUUUAUUUAAAAACUUAAAAUGGUUAGUUGCAAAUUGUGUAAAGUUACGAGUGGCUCCAGGUCAACAAUUGGUAGAGAAAAAAAUAACGUUUCACAGGUGUCCCCAGAAACCUGAAUUAAAGAAACUGUGGACAGACUUCCUUUAUCUUCACCUAGAAAAUUCUGUGUCUGUGAACAACUUUUUCCUGUGUUCAUUUCAUUUUGAAGAAAAGUGUUUUGAUAGAACAUCAGCCCAGAAAGUAGUUUUAAGACCACAUUCAGUACCAACUAUUUCUUAUACUUAUGAAGAAAGGAUUACCAAUGUAGUGACCUUUAGAGGCAAUGAAACGCAUCACACAGAAGUUUGUGACGCACCUUCGGUAGAGCCUCAACAGAAUAUAGAAGAUGAAUUGUCUAAUAAAGUUUUUGAAAUUACAAAGAAACUUGAAAAUUUAACAACAAAAACAUGUGCAAACGUUUUACUGAAACAACAAAUUAACAACCUGAAGACAUUAGUGUCACAACAACAAUGCACUAUUAAAACGUUAAAACGCAGAACCUCAAAACAGCAACGCAAAAUUUGUAAUCUGAAAGAUGUUGUUUCAAGUUUAAGGAAGAAAAUCAACUAUUAUGAAAACAACAGUGUGGAUGUUAAUAAAUUUCAGGAAAAUACAGAACUGUUGAGCAGAAUGUGGGCUAAAAUUAACAACAAACCAUUGCCAAAUCAAUAUGGGCCAGAAAUAAGAAAAUUUGCCGUUACAACACAUUUCUACUCCCCAAAGGCUUUUUCUUUUAUAAGAAAACAAUUCAUGGACUGUCUUCCACACCCAAAAACUUUGUCUGUAUGGUAUUCUUCAGUGAAUGGUGCACCAGGUUUCACAAUGUUCGAUGAAGUUGCUAUUAAACGCUGCAUUGAAUAUGAUGGGCAACAAUAUUAUGGAUAUGCUGAUAUGGGUAGUAUAAUCGAAGUAAAUGAAAAUGAAGAGGCCAAAGAAGCUUUAGUUUUCAUGCUGGUUGCUAUAAAUGGCUCUUGGAAAAUCCCCGUGGGUUACUUUUUAAGCCAUUCUUUAAAUAGUGAGCAAAAAUUAGGUUUACUAAAACAGUGUUUAUUUUUAGUAAAAAGUGUAGGAAUUGAAAUUAGCAAUAUUACAUUUGAUGGUUGUGCGACAAAUUUGUCAAUGGCAUCUGCAUUAGGUUGCUCAUUUAGCCCUUCUAAUUUGAAAACAAACUUUGGUGAAGAGAAUAUACUUCUUUUACUUGAUCCUUCACACAUGAUGAAAUUAAUACGUAACACAUUUGGUGACAAAAGAAGAAUAGUCGAUGGAGAGAAUAAUGUUAUUGAUUUUAAAUACUUAGAACUUCUAAAUGAACUGCAAGAAAAUGAAGGGCUGCACCUUGCAAACAAACUACGUAGAAGACAUAUAAAUUUUUUUAAACAAAAAAUGAAAGUUGCUCUAGCUACACAGUUAUUAAGCAGGUCUGUCUCUGAAGCUUUGACGUUUUGUCGAGAUAUUUUACAGCUUGAUCAGUUUAAGAACUGUGGAGCAACGGCUACCUUGAUUUUAAAUAUUAAUGACGCUUUUGACAUAUUAGCAUGUUUGCGAAAACCUUUUCUUAUAAAGUUUUCCUUAUGCUUACAAUUAUAAUUUAUAAUUAUAGUUAUAAGUAUAAAUUGUAACAGUUAUGCUGACGGCUUAGAACCUUACAUUGACAAGCAGAACUGACUUUCUGUCACGCAAAUUGAUUCAUUUUGCCCAUGAAUAAUUUAGAAAUUUUGGCUACUUUUGGCAAUACAGAAGAUGUACAGAACUACUUAGUGCAUCAGUUAAUACAAAAAGAGUUAACAGAAAAGCGUUAUUCAUAUACGUGUGUUAAAUUCAACAUGAAUAGCAUUCCGCCAGAAAACUUUCGUUUUCUUUUUCGAUUUGAAAAAGAACAUAUAAUUAAAUUACAUCAAGCUUUGCAAAUGCCUGCAAAAUGGGUUACACCAGAUGGUCAUGUCAUUGAAGGUUUAUUAUUAUCUACAAUCGAGAAGAAAUUCCGUAUUUUUAAACACUCUUCAUUUAUAGGUCUUGCAGGAUUAUGUCUCGUUUUAAGACGAUUUUCUUACCCAAACAGACUAAAAGGAUUGCAAAAUGAAUUUGGAUUACAUUUUUCGUCAAUCAGUAAAAUUUUAAAGUUUGUUGUUACUUUUAUAUUCAAGAAAUGGGCCAAGUUAUUAUUAAAUUUUGAUAAAAACAUAUGGUUAACGCAAGGUUUUCUCGCAGAGGUGGCUGCCUUCGUACAUAAGAAAGGUGCUCCUUUAAGAAAUUGCAUUGGGUUUAUCGAUGGUACUGCCCGGGCAAUUUGUAGACCAUCAAAAUUUCAAAAAGAAGUUUACAGCGGACAUAAAAGAAUACAUUGUCUGAAAUUUCAAUCAAUCACCGUUCCAAACGGUAUCAUUUUACAUUUAAGUCCUCCGUAUUCUGGCAGACGACAUGACUCUUUUAUCCUUAAAAAUUCAAAAAUCUUAGAGCAAAUGAAGCUCCAUUGCCCACAGUUUUGUUUAUACGGUGACGAAGGGUAUCCAUUAGUGCAACAAUUAAUAAGACCAUUUUCUAAUCAUAAUUUAACAGAGCAGCAACAAAUGUUUAAUACCAAAAUGUCCAAAAUACGCCAAUGCGUAGAAUGGAGUUUUGGUAAAAUAACAACGCAAUUUGCGUUUGUUGAUUUUAAAAAAAAUCAAAAACUUUUUCUGCAACCAAUAGGUCAGUAUUAUAUUGUGGCUGCAUUACUAACGAAUGCGCAUACAUGUUUUUAUGGAAGCACAACUUCUCGAUACUUCGAUAUAGAAUCACUAGAUAUUAUGGAAUAUUUUCAAUAAUUUCUUUUUAAUCAAACAAUUACCUUUAAUUAAUAUGUUAUUAUUAAAUAAACAUUUAAAAGCUGUAAUUAUUUCAAAAAUUAUGUCAGAUUUUUAUUAUUUAAAUUUUGUGUUAAAAUGUUUUCCAAAAAUCUGUUUAAAAUUGCAUUUUUUUGUCUUUCUAUUUUACGGCCCUCUUCCUCCUCUUGCCAUUUUUUCUGUUCGAACUCAAGUCUAGCUUUUUUGAAUUCCAACUCUUCUAUUUGAAUUUUCAUAUUAUCUUGAUGUUGCUUUUCUUUAAAUCUUAAUUGUUCUUGUAGUAGCUGACUUUCCCGUUUCAUUUUUUCAAUUAAAUAUGAAAAACUUGUUCCAUCUUUAGUUCCAUUUCUCGUCUUUCGUGCUGCCGCUGUAUAAACCCUGCUAGAUUCUUGGUUGAACCCUUCACGACCCCCACGCUCACCAUCAAUAUCAGUGUCAUUAAAAUCGUCAACAGUGUGAAAAAAUAUUUCAUUGUCCACGUCAGUGGCUUCUGUUUCUAAUAUUUGUUCACUAUUACAAGUUUCAAUAGGAUUGUCCAAACUUUGCAGAGCAGCUUGGCGAAUUGCUUUUGCAGGCAUAACCUCGUCGAAUUUUUGGCCACUGCAUCUUUUUUUACCCCGUUCAUUUUUUUUAUUUUCUAUGUCCAUUUGUGCCACAUCUUCAUAUUGCGACCAGACAGUCAGAAGUUUUCUAACAGCGUCGCCCCACUCAGUCUGUAUCCGUUCUUUCCCACUUUCUGUAGCUUCGUCGGCAUCAAAUUUUCUAAAUUUUAUUACUUGUUCCAACAUAUGAUCUUUUAAUAAUUUGAAGCUACAGUUCUGAAAGCGCUCUCUUUCGUCUUCACUUACGACUGCAUGAAGUUUUUUCCACACAUCUUCUUCGUUUGUAAAUUCAGUCUCGCAAAGAAGGUCGAAUAAUGCAUUCAAACAUUUUAUACGUUCCCUCUCUGAGAAUCGAAAUCGUUUCUUUUUCAGUUGCGACAUAACUAAUUAAAGUUCUAAAUGACACUGACUGACAUUGUAGAAAAAUUCUACUAUUGUCAAUAUAAGAAGUAACGAUUGUGAGUGUUAUAAUUAUAAGACAUAGUUAUAAGGAUAAGUGUAAGCAUAAGAAAAAAUUUAUAAGAAAAUGUUUUGCGCAAACACGCUAUUGAAUUCGCGCAGAAUAAAGGAAUUUGGUUACAAGCAAGCAUUAAAUAAGUAUAAUAUUAAUCAGGUAAAAACGUUUGUGAAUUGCUUUACUUCGUAUAUAUCCAAAUUGAGAUUUUUUAACAAAGAUUUAAUUAUUCACUCGCCCCGUAAAACAGGUUUUAUAGGUUUUGUAGCUGGUUUACAUGCAGUAUUAAAUAUUUAUGAACAAUAUGUAGUGGGUGAUGGAGGAACGUCAAUUUUACAGUAUCUGCCCACCUAUAAAUGCAGUCAAGAUCAUUUGGAAAAUUUUUUCUUCCAAAUUAGAAAUUUAGGGGGCUGCAAUAAUAACCCUACUACUCGUUAGUUUAAAUCUGCAUAUAAAAAAUUAUUAAUACACGCAGAAAUAAAUCACAGUGGUUUUGGAAACUGUGUACCCUUAGAGCAAGUAAAUAUUUUGACAUGUUCGUCUCGAAUUAAAAAACUCGAAAAUAUUAUUAAUUCUGAUCAAUUGAUAUUAACGAGUGACGUACAAGUUACUCAGGAAAGUGACGUUAAUUUUGAACAUAAUUAUUUCUUUACGCAGGAAUCUUUAACAAAUUUUUGUGAGGAAGUUGUGAUUUACAUUGCUGGAUUUGUUGCUUUUAAAUUAGCCAAAUCUUUGAAAUGUGAAAUAUGUAUAUCAUGCCUUUUUGGUAUAAAAGAGAACUUAUUAGGAAGUUUUGUUGAUUUCAAAUCAAAGGGGGGAUUGAGCUAUCCUAGUGACGAUGUGAUUGCCAUUUGCGUACAAAGUGAAAAAACUUACAGAACACAUGAGCGAGUACAUACCAAACUUAGUAAAUGCAAAAUUGUAAUUGACAUCAUUGAAAAUUUAAACUGUGAGAAAUUGCUUCAUAGAAAUCACCCCCAUACAUCUUUUUUGUUGAAAGAAAUAAUUAAUAUUUAUUUGAAUUUGCGUAUAAAAUACAGUUGUAAAAGUAAGUCUUAUUUAGUAGAUUCUGAUAGGCAAAGAUAUACUAAGUUGAUUCAUUUUAAAGGGCAAUAAAGUUACAAAAUGUGGUUUAUUUAAAAAAAAAAUGUAAACAACAUGUUAAGUUUUAUUAUAUGGAGAAAAUCUAAAACAUAUUUGAUUGCGUUGACGUUUUACUUUGUUUCUUCUUAUAUAUAUAUUUUUUAUUCUUAUACUAUUUUUCAGAAAAGUAUCAAACCUUUAGUUGAAACGAACUCAUCUUUGUAGUAAUCCUGUAUUCUUUUUAUUUAAAUUGUAUGUAUUUCCUUUAAGUGAAUUUAUCUUUAUUUUGUAAUAUUGUAUUCUUUUAAUACCCUAUAAAAACAUAUAUGUUAUUUAUGUUAUUAUUAUCUAGUACAUAUUUGUAAAUUAAUAUUAAUUAUUAUACAAAUUAUAAAGUACAGUUCUCUUACUGCCUUUUAAUAAAAUUAUUUUAAGACCCACCGCUAACCCGAAAAUGACUGGCAUUGAGGCAACAUUUCUAUGAUUACUGGUACUAAGACCAAGUAAUGAUAUGCAUUGAUUGGAUUAAUAA